GCGGCGCCUCCGCUUCCCGGGCCAGCGCUGAGCCUCGGCCGGGGCUGCCCUUCCCGCCGAGUCCCCGGGGGUGGCCAUGGGCGCGCAGGGCUCGCAGGAGGAGGAGCGGCCGCCGGUCCCGGAGCACGAGGCGAUCCUGGCUGAGACCGGCUUUUCCAAAGCCAGCCUUGCCCGCCUCUACCAGCGCUUCCAGGCCUUGGACAGGGACGACAAGGGCUACCUGAACCGAUACGAUUUGGAAGGGAUUGGCGAGUUGGCCGUGAACCCUAUUGGAGACCGGAUCAUCAACGCCUUCUUCCAGGACGGGGGUGAGGAGGCCGACUUCCGCUCCUUUGCUCGCGUGCUCGCUCACUUCCGGCCAGUGGAGGCACCUGGCAAACCCGAGGACAUCAACAGCCACCUUAGCAAGCUGAAGUUUGCUUUUCAGUUAUACGACCAAGAUAAGGAUGGCAAGAUCUCCCGGGCUGAAAUGCUGCAGGUCCUGAGGAUGAUGGUGGGCCUCCAGGUGACCAACGACCAGCUGGAGAAUAUCACGGACCGAACGAUCCAGGAGGCCGACCGAGAUGGAGACAACGCCAUCUCCUUUGAGGAGUUUGCCAAGUCGGUGGAAAAGCUGAAUAUCGAACGGAAGAUGAGCCUCCGAAUCCUGAAAUGAGGGAGGUCCAGAGGGGAUUCCCCCAAAAGGGUUUUACGGCAAAGGGCGAAGAAAAAAACAGACUCCGGAAUCUGACCUGAUCCGAUCUCUCUCGAGAACCCAGUGCGCAGAAAGCUUGUUUCAGAGAUGCGACCCAGGACUUUGGACAGCCGACGCUUGCAGCUUGGCCUACUGGGCAAGUCUUAGGCUCCCCCAGUUAGGAAUUAGGAGAUCUGAAAAUGAGCCAUUUAUUUUAAUGGGUGAGGUGCUUUAUGGUAGUCCUCGACUUACGAUCAUUCGUUUAGUGUCUGUUUGAAGUUACAACGGCUGUCAGCAUUCCCGCAAUCGCCCUCAUGAAAUCAUGAUUCUCGAGCCAAACUUCAAAAACCUUCCAAGGAUUCCUUAGAGGCGACAUCCUGGCCCUGCCCUGGAUGAAGCCAACUCCGGCCUACGUCAUUUACAGUCCCCUGUGACCCCGUUUCCCCGCCUCCCCCCUGGGUGUGUCAUAAACCGGAUUCUCCAACUGAGCACCUUCACGGGCUGGGUGUCAUCAAUCACGUUCUCCAAUUAAACAUAUUCCCGGGCAAAAGCUCUGGUAGUUUAGCUACAAGCUUUUAAAGAUGAAGAGUCGGAAUGUACUUCCGCUUCCAAACUGCUGCGCUGCUCUUCCAGAUUUCCUUCCUCCCCCCGCCCCCCUUUUUAAAAUGGCAAUUACUAAAAGAGGCGCAGGAAUGUUUGAUGAGUUGACAAUGGCACUGAAAAAAGUUUUCCCCAUUUACAGCACCCCCAGGGUUACGGGAUCCAAAUUCGGACGCUUGAUAACCGAUU